UGGUCAAAAGACGCCAUUCUCCAAUCGAAACAUUGUGGUGAUUUGGUCAAAACACUGUGUAAUUUUUUUUUUGUAAAUAUUUACGGAACCGGUAUCUUUGUGUUAAACUUAAUUAUUUAAGUGAUUUUUGGUCUUCAGACUUAUCUAUGACAAAUGGCUGAUGUUGUGUUGUGAUUGUAUCCGUGAAGAUAAAGCUGCACAUCAAGUUGUUUUUUAGCGAUGACGUACAGUUAGUCUGUACACUUCAAGUAAAUCUGUAUUUAAUGUGAUAAAAGUAUCGGAUAAUCUGUUGUAUUUUACGUACCCGAAUUGAUGUUUCCAUGGAAACCUACUUGGCGAUGUUCUAUAAGUGUUGACUCCGAUACGAUUGUUAUAUUCUUACAGCAUGUAUGCUAAAGGCAAAGGCUCAACAGUACCGUCAGAUGCUCAAGCAAGGGAAAAGCUUGCUCUUUACGUAUAUGAAUACUUACUUCAUGUUGGAGCUCAAAAGGCUGCACAGACAUUUUUGUCAGAGAUAAGAUGGGAAAAAAAUAUCACUUUAGGUGAACCUCCAGGUUUCUUACACUCCUGGUGGUGUGUUUUUUGGGAUCUGUAUUGUGCAGCCCCUGAAAGAAGAGAAACUUGUGAACAUUCAAGUGAAGCCAAAGCAUUUCAUGAUUAUGGCUUUGUAAAUUCCGGUUAUGCUGUAAAUGGAAUUGCACAUAAUCCAACAGCUCCCAGUCCUCUUGGCCAAAUGCCACCAAAUGAUGGAAUGCCUGGAGGUCCAAUGCCACCUGGUUUCUUUCCAAAUUCUCAUAUGCGACCUUCACCACCACAACAGCCAGCUUCUCAACCGUCCCCCCAUCCUCAACCGCCACCUCACUCGCAGAUGAUGCAGAAUCAGGGGAUUCACAUGCUGUCUUGUAAGAACUGUGCCUGCAGAGAUUCUGGUUGUGUUAAUAAUGCAGCAGUGGGAUGUAACUCCAUAAAGAGCUUCAUAGGCCCCGGUCCCAGGUAUCCUGGUGGACCCAGAGGACCAGGUGUGCGGAUGCCGCAACAGGUGGAAUUUAACGCACCUGGUAAUGUUCCAGGACAGCCAAUGAUGCCAAGUGGUAUGGAUCCCUCCAGGCAAGGUGAAAGCGGAGAAUUCGUUUCAUGGCAAGGUCCAUCAGGAAUGAGUCCAAUGAACCCGCGCAUGAACCCUCCGAGGGGGCAGCCUAUGGGACCCAUGAAUCCAGGCAAUUAUGGUGGAAUGAGGCCUCCAAGUGGAGCCAUGGGACCAUCUGGACCCCAGAUGUCCCCCAUGUCUAUGCCUGGACCUGGAGGCCGACCAUGGAAUCCAAACACAUCUUCUAUGAAUUAUUCAUCAUCAUCACCUGGAAGUCAUUAUGGAGGUCCACCUGUGUCAAGUUCAGGGGGCCAAGGUCCAGGAACUCCAAUUAUGCCAAGUCCACAAGAUUCUUCAGGAUCUGGACCAGAUGGAAUGUACACUAUGAUGAAACCUGUCCCAGGAGGUAAUAUGCCAGGGUUUCCAAUGGGUCCUGGUCCUGAUGGCCCUAUGGGACCUAUGGGUCCAGAUAUGGGACCACCUGUUCUGAAUGGCAUAUCUUCAGCAGAUGGUAUGGAAGGUAUGAAGAAUUCCCCAGCUACUGGCCCUGGAACACCAAGAGAAGAUGGACCUCAGAUAGGGGAUUACGGCAUUCCAAAUUAUGGCCAAGACAAUUUGCAAAGAACAGUUUUUGAACCUGGUAGAAGUUGAACCCUGCAACUAUAUAACUUCAAAACUUUAUCAGCUUGAUCCCAGUCGUAGCACCUAAUAAGAGAAUAUGCAGGAGACAAAGGAUAUGGAAAAUUAGAGCUUAUAUACACCAACUCACAUCUCACGUUCAGGCAAUAAUCUACUUUGUAAGAUGCAUUGCACCUUUCGUCUAUAGCAUCGUGUUCUGUGACAACUUCAUGCAACGUACUGUUUCACUCUAACGAGGCCAGCUUUUUCCCCAGUUUCUUUCCCCUUCUUCUGAUUUGGGUGCUCAAAGAAAA